CCAUGUCAGAUGUAGAAGAGGAAUACGAGGAGCAGGCAGAGGAGGAGGAGGAGCAGGAGGCUGAGCCUGAGCCGGAGGAGGAUGGAGAGCAACAGGAAUAUCAAGAUCAAGAUGCCCAGGAGGAAGAAGAGGAGCGUCCCAAACCCAAACCCAUGGUGCCCCAGCUGGCUCCUCCAAAGAUUCCUGAAGGAGAAAGAGUGGAUUUUGAUGACAUCCACAGGAAGCGUAUGGAAAAGGACCUAACAGAGCUGCAGACCCUGAUCGAUUUCCACUUUGAGCAGAGGAAAAAGGACGAAGAAGAACUUAUUGGCCUCAAGGACCGAAUUGAGCGUCGUCGGUCCGAGAGAGCUGAGAUCCAGAGAGUUCGAGCAGAGAAGGAAAAGGACCGACAGAACAGGAUUGCGGAGGAGCGUCACAGAAAAGAAGAGGAAGAGGCCAAGAAGAAGGCUGACGAUGAAGCCAAGAAGAAGAAAGUGCUCUCUGGCAUGUCUAACUUUGGCGGUUUCCUUGCCAAGUCUGAACAGAGGAAGGGAAAACGCAUGACAGGCAGAGAGAUCAAGAAGAAGACUCUGGCUGAUAGACGACAGCCACUGGCUGUCGACAAUUUGAGGGAGGAUGCACUCAAGCAACAGGCCCAAGAAAUGUGGAACUGGAUCUACCAGCUGGAAUCUGAGAAGUUCGACUUCAUGGAGCACAUGAAGCAUCAGAAAUAUGAGAUCAUCGUGCUGCUGAACAGAAUCCAACAUGCUCAGAAGUUUAAAAAAGGCCACGGCAAAGGGAAGGUGGGCGGACGUUGGAAGUAAAGCAAUUCAAAAAAACAAAAACUCCACAGACACAAAAAGCAGAAAAACCGCACAUCUACGUAAGAUAGCAGGCUCAAAUCAUGAAACAAUAAAGGAAUUCUACUUUUCUUUCCCAUGA